AUGGGUAGCCAAGGACCCUCCGUCUUCACCCUCAAGGAGGCUCCGAUCGAGAAUCUCCGGCCCCUGAAAGUGCGGGUUAUCGGCGCGGGCUUCUCGGGGAUCCUCGCCGCCAUCAGAAUUCCGGAGAAGCUCAGGAACAUCGACCUUGCCGUCUAUGAGAAGAGUGACGGAAUUGGGGGUGUAUGGUGGCUAAGCAAGUAUCCAGGGAUCGCCUGUGAUAUACCCUCACACUCAUACCAGUACACGUUCGCGCCAAACAAGGACUGGUCGGACCUUUACGCCCCAGGCAAGGAAAUCCAGGAGUACCUCCAGGGCGUGGCAGAAAAGUUCGGCGCCACGAGGUUUAUCAAGACGUCGCAUGAGGUGAAGGAGUGCGUGUGGGACGAGGCCAAGAGGAAAUGGAUCAUCGAGGUCGUCCGGCUGCAGACAGGAGAGACCUUCAAGGAGGAGACCGACAUCCUCAUCAGCGCCCGGGGCCAGCUGAACGACAUCGCGUGGCCGGAGAUACCGGGCCUGGAUAAGUUCAAGGGCAAGCUCCUCCAUUCUGGUGACUGGGACACUACAUACGACUUCAAGAACAAGAAGGUCGGAAUUAUCGGCAACGGCUCGAGCGCAAUCCAGAUCCUGCCGAAUAUCCGGCGCGUUGAGGGCGUGUCCGUCACUGUAUUCGCGAGAUCCAAGACAUGGAUUUCGCCGUCGUUUGGAAUCGACGCCAUGGCGGCUCUGGGGAAGACCAACGGGACCACAGAGUUUACUGAGGAGAUGCGAGCACUGUUCGCAAAGGAUCCCGAGGCAUGGUUCAAGUUCCGCAAAGGAGUCGAGGACGGCGGCAACCUGAUCCACGACUCCUUGAUGACAGGCACCAAGAUGCUCCAGGACUUCCGGGAGGGCAUGACGGCCCUGAUGCGGGAGCGCCUGGCCAAGAAGCCCGAGCUGUUCGAGCGCGUCGUCGCCGGCUUCUCGCCCGGAUGCCGGCGCCUCACCCCCGGCCCGGGCUUCCUCGAGGCCCUGACCGAGGACAACGUCUCCCUUGUGAGCGAGGCCGUGGCGCGCGUGACCGAGACGGGCGUGGUGCUCGCCGACUCGGGCGCCGAGCACGACGGGCUGGACGCGCUCGUGUGCGCGACGGGCUUCCGCACCGCGAGCGCGCCGCCCUUCCGCGUCGUGGGCCGCGGUGGCCUCACGCUGGCGCAGCGCUGGUCCGCGCGGCCCGAGAGCUACCUGUCGCUCGCCGUCGACGGGUUCCCGAACCUGCUGCUCCAGUUCGGCCCCAACUCGGCCAUCGGCUUCGGCAGCCUGACCAAGAUGCUCGAGGCCGAGUGCGACUACGUCGUCAAGGUGUUGCGCAAGAUGCAGAAGGAGGACUACGCCACCGUCGAGCCGCGCGCCGAGCGCGUGCGCGACUUCACCCAGUUCGCCGACGAGUACUUCAGCCGCACCGUCCACCUCGAGGACUGCAGAUCCUGGUACCGCGCCGACAGGGGCAGGGGGCCCGUCGUCGCCCUGUGGCCCGGCUCGACGCUGCACGCGCUCGAGGCGCUGCGGUCGCCGCGGUGGGAGGACUUUGUCUUUGAGAGCAACGACACGAGUAGCAACAUGCUCCGCUGGCUGGGCAACGGCUGGAGCACCACCGAGACCGAGGGCGACCCGUCUUGGUACAUCAACCCAGAGGAGGUCGACUGGCCCAUGGAAGGAAAGCCAGAGGACGCGCAAAGGCUGAAGAACCGGCCGUGGUCGUAUUGA